AUGGCUUCCUCCUACCUCUCCGUCUUCUCGCGUAAUGCUGCUCUUCGCAUGCCCCUCGGCCCACAAGCUCUCUUGCAAUGCCGCUCCAACGCGACCCAAGGGUUGGCCCAACGCGCACAGUCCGCUUUCCAUACGGCUAGCAGUGUGCAAUCAGCUGUAGUGCGCCAGUCCACGCGUUCGCGCGGUAUGGGGUGGGGUGUAGCCGGAGCCGUGACCCUUGGGCUCGGAAUCUCGGCGUUCUCCAGUAGGAGCAGCGUUUACUGUGAACCUGGUAGCAAGGCCGGUACACCCACACCUGCGGCACCGCCCAAGGGCGCUCCGGCCAACGACGGGUUCCCCGAUGCACCCAAGUCCAACAUCAACCUCUACGAGUUGUCCUUCGGUUCAGUAUGCGGAGUCUGUGCUGGUGUCUUUGUGAAGAAGGGCGCGAAGGCUCUCGCGUUCAUGCUCGGCGGUGUCUUCGUACUUCUACAAUAUCUCGGCUCCGCAUCCAUUGUGAAGGUCGACUGGGCCAAGGCCGGCAACCGCUUUGAGCGCCUGUUUUACAGGACAGACGCCUCGGGUGCGCGUCACCCGCCGACCGUCGGCUCGCUGUGGCGCUGGCUCGUCGACUUCUUGACGGCCGACUUCCAGCCCCGCGCAUCUUUCAUUGCGGGCUUCGCGCUCGGUAUCCGCAUUGGCUAA